GCGCACCGUGCGGCGCUGCCUCUCCGCAGCGUUCGAGCGCCGUCCUUCAGCUCGGGCGGCCGACUGAAGCUCAAAAGCUCAUCCCCACAGCCCGGGUCGCAACUACGCUGCGGCCGGAACAGAUGACAGGGGUCGGGGCAGCGGAGGGUGGGUGGGCUGCCUGGAGCGGACAGGUGAGCCUGUGGGGGCCAGAUUAGUUAGUGUCGCCCUUUCCGGGUGCUGGAAGCAGCGUGUCGCGGCACAUCUGCGGUGCUGUAGAUUAUUGAAGAGCACUCUGACGGCGUUGGAGCUGAUGGGAUUGGGGAGAGAAACUACAGACGUUGCGAGCUGCCUGCUUUCCAGAGGGCAUCUUGAGUUCCCCCAGUUGACGUGGAGAUAAAACAUCUUGCCACAACAAGCCAGUCUUCUGAAGCCUGUUCCCCACUCAGGUGGUUAGUCACGCCAUGACUCCCUUGGAUCCCCGUGAAGAACCAUCCACUCAAAGGUGAAAGGAUUUCAACCUGACCACUAAAUAAAACCCUCUUCUUUCUGUGGACCGAUAACUGUCGCAGAAGGCGUGGAACCAGCGGACACUCUUACUCGCUUGAACACACAUGCCUGGCAGGUGUAAGGUGUCUGAAGACGCACAGACGGACUUAUUCAUGCCGUCGUGUGGAUGACCUUCAUACCAGAUUAACACAUCAAAACGAUUUUUAUUUGGACUUUUGUUCGUCAACGGGAGUCUUUUAGCUUUAUGAGUGUUCAUCACUGGGCUGACGUGCUCCAGUGGCAGGGUGAGCCAGCAUGGCCAAACCUCUGCUGAAGAUUCAGCGUUAUUUCCGCAGGAAACCUAUCCGCUUCUUCACCCUUAGCUUGCUCUACCUGACUGCCGGAAGCCUCGUCUUCCUGCACGCCGGCAUCGGUGGCGACAGCUGUUGCGGGAAGCGAGGCAUGCCUAUAUACACUGUGGUGGCCUCGGAGACGGGCGGCCAGAUCACAUCGUCGGACGGCGGAGGGCUGGGCAUCAUGCGGGUAUUUAAGGAGGCUCAUAGGCCCGGACGAGGUUACGCCCCCAUGUGGAAAAAAAAGGCAGGGCAGAUAAACGAGGGCAAAGCUGGGGACUACACCAACAAGCGGAGCCAUGCGGUGAAACGCCGCAGUGCAAAAGAGGCAGAUGACGCACGAGCAAAGUAUCUUGGCUGCUACGUUGACUCAACACAAAAGCGGGCACUAAAAGGAGUUUCAUUUUUUGAUUACAAAAAAAUGACUGUAUUCCGUUGCCAGGACAACUGUGCCGAAAGAGGUUACAUGUACGCCGGUUUGGAGUUUGGAGCCGAGUGCUACUGCGGUCACAAGAUUCAGACGGCCAAUGCUUCGGAGAGCGAAUGCAACAUGGAGUGUAAAGGAGAAAAGAGCAACAUGUGCGGAGGAGCCAACCGGCUAUCCAUCUACAGGCUGGAGCUGAGCCAGGAGUCGGCACGGCGCCAUGGCAGCGCCAUUUUCAAGGGAUGCUUCCACAGGCCAGACAAUAUCUCGCUGGCUCUCCCUUUCCGAAUUUCCAUCCAAAACAUGUCUGUUGACAAGUGUGUCGACACGUGCACGGAGAAGGAGAAAUCGCUCGCCGUCCUGGCCGGAGAUCGAUGCCACUGCGGCUUCCCGACCUCCCUCUUCUCCCUUCAUGAGCCGGAGGACGAGGGCAUGUGUCUGCACCGCUGCCCCGGCGAGGAGUUUGAGAGUUGCGGGAACGACGAGUACUUUGUGGUGUACCAGACGCAGGUUCAAGACAACCGCUGCAUGGACAGACACUUCCUCCCCACUCGUGCUAGUCAACUGGUCGCCCUUGCCAGUUUCCCCGGAUCCGGUAAUACCUGGUGUCGCCACCUCGUCGAGCUCGCCACUGGCUUCUAUAGCGGCAGCUAUUAUUUUGAUGCCUCGCUCUACAAUAAAGGAUUUAAAGGUGAGCGAGACCACUGGCGGAGCGGAAGGACCAUCUGCAUAAAGACGCAUGAGAGUGGUAAAAAGGACAUUGAAGCCUUUGACUCCAGCAUUCUCGUCAUCCGAAACCCCUACAAGGCUCUCAUGGCGGAAUUUAACCGCUUAUAUGGCGGGCACAUUGGAUUCGCCUCCCAGGCCAACUGGAAAGGGAAAGAGUGGCCCGAGUUUGUGAAGAGCCACGCUCCUUGGUGGGGGUCCCACGUCAUGGACUGGCUCCAAUAUGGGAAGAACGUCCACGUGGUCCACUAUGAGGCCCUGAAGAGAGACUUGUUCUCCCAUCUUAAGGGAAUGGUUGAGUUUUUGGGCCUGAAGGUUUCCGAGGAGCGUCUGCUCUGCAUGGAAGGCCAGAAGGAUGGCAACUUCAAGAGAUCGGGGCUUCGCAAACUCAAGUAUGACCCCUACACUCCUGAAAUGCGGGCAAACAUUAGUGAACUGAUAAGAAAAGUCGACGCUGCCUUAAAGAAAAGGAACAUGUCUGGUGUUCCAGAUGAAUACAUGCCAAGAUAAUACACAUGAUACUUUUUUUUUUUGCAUUUGAUUAAGAAGUAUUUUGCUUUCACACAAACAGAUAAAUGUUCCCAUCUGAUCCUGUGUGUGUAGCCAGAUAUUACAAACUGAAAGGAAUUGAGUUGUGAAAAGCACUCGUUGUCCUCUUCUGUGCACGUGCUGCGUUGGCAUGUGCACUCGCCUUAAGACAAAGAGGCUACGAUCGAGCGAUAUGAGCACGCCGUGUUUCAUCCAAACAAUUUAAUACUCUUUGGUAUGUUAAGCUUAUUUUGUAAAAACAAGAUUAAAGAUUUCCUGCUGCUCCUUUAGUUACAAAUAAUUUUUGAUGAGGUUGUGGGGGAAAAAAACCAACUCCUUUUCUGAGAGGGAUAAAUGCAAUAUACAGGCUAUACCUACCUGACAAUGAUACUGUGUGAUUCCAUUUUUUUUCUAAGCUUGUGAACUUACUUUUUGCAAGAGGAAUUCUGUUGUUGAUGAUAAAGUUCUCAGUUCCACGUAUUAAAGAAGGCACUGAGUCGAAGAGAGAUGAGGAUUCAUCCCGACAGCAUUUAUUUAUCUCUGGUGUGCAGUGCACACACGUCUGCUUGUGAAUACUUUGACACUGGAUUCAAAGCCGAAACCCAAAAAGCACUUGAUAGUGCCACACUGGCCCCAAAGAUAUCUGAAGAUUCACAUCUGUAUGUAUGCUAUAGGUCAGAUUAGUUCAGUUCUUUUGGGCUUGUUUUAUGACAGUUGAUGGCAGUAUAUUCAACUUUAUUUUUUUCUUCAAAUUGCCUUUUUGUGAUUAGGGCAAUUAAAAAGUACAACUCGAAAAUUAAAAACAAAUCUCCACAGACUGCAAAAACUCCACUCUUGAUAUUAGUAUGUCUCAUAAGUGCUAUGCCACAUGCUUGGAACAAAGCAAGCAUGUACAUUAAAUGAAUAUGAAGCUAAAUAGAUAAAAUGCUAGGAGGCAGACAACAAUAACUGACUUCCAUUUUCAGGAUGCUAUUAUACUGUAUACCUAUAUUUUUGUAAUGUGUGCUGACACAUCCAAAUAUUUGUACUACAGCAAACAAAUUAUAGAAAUUGUGUCUAUUUUUAACACGCUUUAAACAUGAUUGGCUCUUGCCGUCAUUGACAAGCAGGCACUUGAACCACGGUGUUGUAUUUGAAUGUAUCGCCAUGGAACGAAUGUACUGUGAUGAAGCCCAAUAAAUGCGUAAAUUGGAUAAUA